AUGGCACUUAGCAACGCCUCUUUUAGCGUUAUUUACGGAAACGAGGAGCUCGUUGUUGUGAGCAAGCCGCACGAUGUUCCUAUGGACGGGGAAGAGCACGUAGUGACGGUGGAGAAAUGGGCCCAUGCGUACCGCGCAAAAAGUGACUGUGCCAACAGUGCCGCUGGUGGUGAUGCGGACAGGGAUGAACGGGCGGCGGGGACUGCAGGCACGUACACGGGACGAAGGAACUUGGUGAAGUUUGUGCACCAGUUGGACUAUGCCACGAGCGGUGUGUUGUGCAUAGCCUUCUCGAAGGAAAUGGCCGCGCGGCUUGCUCACUGCUUUGAGAUGCGCACGGUGCAGAAGGCUUAUUUGGCUGUUCUUUGUGGAAUGAUUCCACCACUUCGUAUUGCCCAGAAUAAUCGGGACACGGACGCUGGCGUGGAUUUUCUUAUUGGCUCACGGUAUAGCAGUCGUGUUCGUAUGGUUCUAGUUGAUGAUGUGCCAAACGCUCAUUUUGUUCGCAAGUGCAUAAUGGGGGCCAGCGGACACGUAGAGGAGGAAGAUGCUGGAGACUGCGCCGCCCUUCUUCGCGUGGACCUUCCUGUGGGGUACGAUACGACCGACCCGAGGGGUUUUCGAAUGGCGGUGAACGGAAGAGACGAGCGGGAGAGUGUGACGUACGUGCAUGUGCUGCAGCGCGGGUACAUGAUGCAUCCCACCUUGGCUUGCCCAGUGCCGGUGACAAAAGUCGUGCUGUUUCCGCGAACGGGUCGGCGGCACCAACUUCGAGUGCAUUGUCAUGCGAUCGGUUUUCCGAUUCUUGGCGAUGUUACCUACGCAAGCAUUCCAACUCCACGGGUUGCUCCAGAAGCACAGGGAGCUGAAACGAUGACAAAUGUUGGGGCCACCGCCUCGGCAAACGUGGCGGACGAGGUGAAAGCUGCAGAUGCAUGGCAGCGGAUGAUGCUUCACGCGUGGCGUCUCUCAUUUCCCGUAAGUGUGGAGCCACUGCGGUGUGGGAUGGAGCGUUACAUGCAGAAGAGGCGGCGAAGACGUGAGACAUUGGGCUUGGCGGUCGCCAGUGGCGACGAUGCUGCUGAGUGGACGCAUUUUGAGACGAAAGAUCCGUUCCAGUCGAUUAGCCGUCAAUGA